GCAGUCAGCUGUCACGUACCGCCUUUCAUUUAUUUGGCCGGAAUACGAUGGUCCCACCUGUUUGACUCUUCCCUGGCAGUGACCGUUACCCAGAGAGCGAGCUCGACGUGUUCUCUAGCGGUUCGAUACGGAUUAUUCGUCACAAGCUGAAAUCCACGUUUACGGUCGCACGUACGUUUAGUGAACGAAAUGAUACAAAGCAAACGCGAUGCUGUUUCGAACUAGUCGGCUGUGUUUGGUGCUGGUGGUGGUGACCGCCCCUUGCUGGGCCUACUUCGAGCCGCACACCCAUGACGCCUGUUUUUGCCAACUGAGCGGGCGAAUAGACGAGUGCACUUGUAACAUAGAUACCGUCGACCACUUCAACAAUGUCAAGGUGUACCCACGCCUGCGGAGUCUACUGCUCAAGGACUACUUCCGCUUUUUCAAGGCCAACCUAAAGAGAGAGUGUCCGUUUUGGCACGAUGACAGCAAGUGCGCGAUGAGGUAUUGCCACGUGCAGGCUUGUGGGGACGGCGACGUACCGGUGGGGAUUAAAGGAACGGCGAAACUGAAGAAGGAAGAAAAAGAAGAAGACACUUGUGGAGGGAGCGAUAAAGAAUUGGACUAUUUGAAUAAAACGAUAAGUGCGAAGAUGAAGAAGGAUUUGGUUAUGUGGACGAAGUACGACGAUGCGAACGAUAACUUCUGCGUUGUGGAUGAGAACGACGAAGACGCAGAGUAUGUGGAUCUUCUGUUGAACCCAGAACGGUUCACUGGGUAUAAGGGAUCGUCUGCUAACCGGAUAUGGAAUUCUAUUUACCUAGAGAAUUGCUUCCGACCGAAGUCGUACUACAGCCUCUACAUCCCAAGCAGUAAGCUCAAUAGUAUGUGUCUAGAAGAAAGAGUUUAUUACAGGGCCAUUUCUGGUCUUCACACAAGCAUCAAUAUUCAUCUCUGUGCCAACUAUCUUCUCUCGCACUCUAAUGGAUUAAGCCUCACAGAUCCCAAAGGGGAAUGGGGACCAAGUCUCGUCGAAUUCGAAAGACGCUUUUCGCCAGAAACCACCAACGGGGAAGGACCCAACUGGCUUAGAAACCUAUAUUUCAUUUACCUUCUCGAAUUGAGAGCUCUAGCUAAAGCAGCUCCCUAUUUAGAACAGGAAACAUUCUACACAGGUAACGAAGCCGAGGACUUCGACACCCAAAUGGCAGUCAAAGACUUGCUGAAUAUAGCGAAACAAUUUCCGAACCACUUCGACGAGACAACAAUGUUUACCGGUAGUGCUCAAGCCGCUCGAUUGAAACACGAAUUCAAAGAGCACUUCCUCAACGUGACACGAAUAAUGGAUUGUGUAGGAUGUGAUAAAUGUAAACUGUGGGGUAAACUGCAGACCAAGGGGUUAGGGACCGCUUUAAAAAUCUUGUUUUCUCAAAAAUUCAAUCAGAAAAAACUUUUCCAACUACAGAGGGAAGAGAUUGUUGCCUUGUUUAACGCGUUCGGUCGAUUGUCGACGAGCAUUUACAAGUUGGAUAAUUUUAGGGAGAUGUUGGAACAUUAAUGAUUGACAUAUGUUAUAGUGUAAUUAAAAAAAUAGAUGCAGUAUUUUUGCGCCUGGCGCAAGCAUUACCUGUGAUUGACGUAAUUGUGAAGACUUAACUCUAGAAUAAUUUACAUUUAUUGCCGUUGAUUAUGUCGAAGCUGACUUAAAUUCAGUACUUCUAGUGAUACUCUUUCCAGAACAUCACAAUUGUCAUGAAAACUUUGUUAUAGUUCAACAAUGAUACUUAAGAUUAUUUUUUGAGAUUUGUUAUGCUAAUGAUCUUUUUGUAUUACUUAUUUGAUUUUGUAAUACUUAUUAGCUAUAUUUAAACUGAAUUUUGUGGUUAUGUUUUCCUAUUACGUGUAACUUCCAGAAACAAAUGUUUUUAUUUUCAUAUACACUUGUAAAUACUAUUUAUAUUAAAAAUAUAAUUACCACUG